GCACCAAUAAUCCGAAGUCUCAUCUCAAUCUCCAAUUCUCUUUGCGGCCCUGCCGGGGUCCCUCCCAACUUUUCCACGACACUUUUCAUUUCAAAUUUCAAAUUUCGAAAUCGACGACCACGACGACGACCAUCCUCACGAUUUAUGCGAAUCGUAAAUCCGACAUUUGAUUAAACAAACAGAAGGGUUUGGUUUUUUUGCCUCAGAGUUUGGAUCUUUGGGACGACAACAUCGAAUUCAUCCCAGAAAUCAUGGGAGAAUCGACGUGUCUAAUGCAGCCGUUCUCCUAUGCUUCCGGCAUCCCCAACGACGCAUACGAGGGGAACCCGAUUCAUGCUCUCGGGCAGUCAGUGUCGUUCGGGAGGUUCGUGUCGGAGUCCGUAGCUUGGGAUAAAUGGUCGACAAUCUCGCACAACCGCCAUGUGGAGGAAGCCGAGAGGUACUCCCGCCCCGGUUCAGUUGCGCAGAAAAAGGCUUUCUUUGAAGCACAUUACAAGAAAAUUGCUGCUCAAAGAGCCGCUGCGGUGCUUGAACAAGCCAAUGCCAAUGCCAAUGCUAAUGCUGCUGCUGCAUUGGAAAAUACCCCCGAAACCAAAUGUGAAAGUCGGGAUCUUAAGACGAGGAUUUCAUCCUCUGAAGUGUUCGUCGAUAAGCAAAGGGAAGAGAAAGAGGGAGGGGAGGUCUACGAGCCAAAUCAAGAAGAAGAAUGCAUUGGUAAAUAUACCAAUGACUAUAAUGCAAACACUGAAAUGGAAAAUUUUGGAAGCAGCAAGGUGCACCCUAUAGAUCAUGAAGACCAAGUUUUGGUGGUGAAUUCCGCUGAGGUAGAACUUUCGAGCCGAAGUGCUGAUAACAAGAAGGAGGUAAACGAAAUGGAUCUCACCGGCACUCCCCAGAUCGAAAUGCCUCUGUUGAAGCAAAGUUACAGCUCGAAUCAAGAAGCUUCGACACCAGUGAAAGCGAAAAAAACCAGACCUUUUAUUUCCUCCAAAUCAUCAUUAACAUAUCAUAAAGCACCCAAGGUCCCAUCUUCUCCAACCAAAUCCACUGCUCCUAGUUGUUCCAGAAAGGAUGACAUUAUCACUCCAUUGCGUAAAUAUCCGGAUGCAGAACUGGAGGACAAGAAGAAAUCAACUCCGAAAUCAAUUCACAAGUCGGUCAGGUUUACACCUAUCAGGGAGCUUUCUAGGCUGACUUCAAACGUCAUCAGGAAGAUUGAAAACUCAAGAGCUGGUGCUAGUUCUUCCAAGAAAUCGAAAGAUUGCCCGACUCCUCUGAGGACUCCAACUACGGUAUCUAAGAAUGAGGUGCGCCAGCAUUCCACCACCACCCCAUGUUCAGAAAAGAGAAGGGCCAAAACACCACUUGAUCCCUCAGCUAGUGGAACCAAAACUCCUGUGUCCAAAUGGCGUUCACUCCGCACAGAUUGUUCAAAGAUUUUGAGUGCCUGCAGAAACAAGGCGAGGUCCCCAUUUUCAUCGGCCCCCUUCACCUUAAAAACUGAAGAAAGAGCUGCAAGUAGAAAGAAGAAGCUCGAAGAAAAGUUUAAUGCGAAUGAGGAACAAAAGGUGCAGGCGCAAAGAAAACUCAAGGAGAAAGAAGAAAAAGAGAUUGGAAAGUACCGCCAAACGCUUUGCUUCAAGGCCAGGCCACUUCCUGAUUUCUAUAAAGACAGAAAAUCACCAAAGAAGGAGAUACAGAAGGUUCCAGUUACUCCUCAGUCAAAGAAUCCAAGCACAGUUGAGAGCUCAACGCCUCGACCUCCUAGUGGAGCUUCAAUCAAGAGCAUUAGCCAAGGAAGGAAUAACCGAACCCCAACUCGUUCUCUCAUUUCACGAUCCAUUAAGACUACUCGCGAGAAUAAAUCUCCAAAUAUUCAGCUUGGAUAACAUAAGCCUGAAAACAAGUUUCUGUUGGAGCAGAAGCGAGAAGUAUUGGUCCUGCUCAAAGCUUCGAGCAACUUUUAGAUAGUCUUGAUUGCACCGCAUACCAACAUGAGUUUGCCUGAGACACAGAAACAUGCAUAGAGAUUGUGAGCAAAUUCGUUCUUGUAUGAAGAGUGUAGUUUGUAACUAGUAGUCGUGUAGCAUGAUUUGUUUAAACUCGAGGAAAUGUAGAAAUUUUGUAAAGCAGCAAACCUGGAAUUUCCACUCAUCAGAAUCUCAUAAAUUUCAAUGCA